AUGACCGAACGUAGCUCUGGUACCACUGAUAAAUUUGCAUUAUACUUUAAUAAAGAUAUUGCACAAGAUAAUAAAAAAAAAUGGCUUCAUUUUAAAGAAAAACUUCUUUCAGAUGUCCUAAAACCAAAGGUAGAGGUACGUAACAUUGAGAAGGGAAGAAAUAUUCGAGAAAGGCAUUUUCGGAAAAGGGUGCUCAUUGUACUUGACAAUGUGAAUGACCAUUCUCUAUUAAUAAACCUAUCGGAUAGUCUUCUGUGGUUUGAUAAAGGAACUGUAAUAAUAAUUACAACUAAGCAUGAACAACUUUUGAAGACACAUGAUGUUAAUGCUGUUUUUCGGAUAAAUCUAUUGAACGCAAAAGAGUCUCUUGAGCUUCUUAGUUGGCACGCAUUUAGAGAAGCAAAACCAAAAGAAGAAUACCAUGACCUUGCAAAAGCAAUAGUUACUCACUGUGGAGGACUACCUCUGGCUCUUGAAGUCAUUGGAACUUAUUUAUAUGAAAGGACGAAAGAAGAAUGGCAUAGAGUACUGUUCAAAUUAGGGAAAACUCCCCAGCAUGACGUUCUACCAGUAUUGAAAAUAUGUUUCGAAGGUUUACCUAAUCAAAUUGAAAGAAAUUUAUUCCUUGAUAUAUAUUGUUUCUUUGUUGGUAAAGAUAGAGCCUAUGUUACAAAGAUCCUUAAUGGUUGUGGGGUAGACGCUGAUAGUGGAAUAGGAAUUCUCAUAGAACGUAGCCUCAUAAUAGUUAAAAAGAACAACAAGUUUGGAUUGCAUCCUUUGCUAAGAGAAAUGGCAAGAGAAAUUAUUGGCGAAAUUACUUCAGGAAUGGAAGCUAAGAAGACCAGUCGACUAUGGUUUGAUAUGGAUGCAGAUUAUGUACUGUUAGAGCAUAUUCUAUUUUCAUCACAGGAAAAAAAAUUCAUUCAGAGAUUCCCUCCGAAAUGGUUUCCAACUGUAAAAGAUUUCUUCGAACGUGAUUAUUUAGAGGUAAGAGACGCAAUAAGAAGGAUGAAACUCGGUGGACAUUGUGAGUACCGCUCUAAGGAACUGGGAUUGAUUAGGUUGGAAAAGUUUUCUUCAGAAUACCAUCCUAUUGGAUUUCAACAUGAUGCAAUAGCCAUUGAUUUAAAACACCGUCUUCCUCGACUCGUCUGGAAAGAACCCCAGGUUUUGGCAUGACUAAAAGUUCUUAAUCUUAGUCGCUCCAAGUACUUGAGAAAAACCCCUGACUUUUCGAGACUACCAAGUCUUGAACACCUCAUUCUCAAAGAUUGCCCAAGAUUGUGCGAAGUGCACAAAUCUAUUGGAGCUCUCGGCAAUCUUACACUUAUAAAUUUGAAGGACUGUACAAGGAUAAAGAAUCUUCCCAGAGAGAUAUAUAUGUUGAAAUCUUUAAAAACACUCAUUCUUUCUGGUUGUUCGAGGAUUCACCUAUUGGAAAAAGAUAUAGUGCAAAUGGAAUCCUUCAUAACACUAAUUACUGAAAAUACAGUUGUGAAACAAGUUCCUUUUUCAAUUGUAAGCUCAAAAAGUAUUGGAUAUUUAUCUCUACGAGGAUUUGAGGGAUUAUCACAUAAUCUUUUUCCUUUUAUCAUUCGGUCUUGGAUGUUGCCAUCAAUGAACCCCCUAUCUUAUUAUCAUUCCUUUUUCAUGGAUGUGGAAGUUAAUAGUUGGGAUGACAUUGCGCCAUUACUUAGGAUCCUUGUCAAUCUUCGAAGUGUUUUGUUGCAAUGUGAGACGGAGUUUCAACUAUCUCAGCAAGUACAAGAUAUUUUGGUCGAAUAUGGUGUAAAUAUUACAGAAUCACACACUUCAAAGCAGCACUUCAGGUCUUUUUCGAUCGGUGUUGGAAGAUGGAAAGAAUUCUUCGAUGCUUUCAGUGAUAGAAUUUCCAAGGUAAUUGCAGGAAGUGAAUCUUGUGAAGUUUCUCUUCCUGGUGACAAUGAUCCUAAUUGUUUGGCCCAUAUGGGUGAGGGAUAUUCUGUUUCUUUCACUGUGCCUCGGGAUCGUGACAUAAAGGGAAUGGCUUUGUGUAUAGUUUAUUUAUCAAACCCUGAAAUUGUGGCAACCGAAGGUCUUAGAAGUGUCUUAAUUGUUAAUUAUACAAAGUGCACAUUGCAUAUACACAACCAUGGCACGGUAAUUUUCUUUAACGAUAAAGAUUGGGAGGGUAUAAUAUCAAAUUUAGGAUCAGGAGACAAGGUUGAGAUUUUCGUGAUUUUUGGUGAUGGAUUGGUAGUGAGGAGAACAAUUGUGUAUCUUAUAUUUGGUGAAUCAAAUGACUUAGAAAAGGAGUCUCCGUCAAAGAAAAAUUCCCUAAUUAGAUUUAUGAAAAAAUUGUAAGUCAUUUAUCCUCUUUCAGAACUGCACGAUCCCUUGAGUUAUGGAAUUAAUCCUUAUGUCCUUGAGUGGAAUUCAUUUGUAUAGUUACAGUUAAGAAAUUCAUGUUUAUUAUCCUGUU